ACUGUUGCAGAGAGCCAUGUGUGUGAUUCCAGGAGGUGCUUGUGGCUAUGGAGGCGCGUUGGAGAAGCCUCCUUUCUCAUCCAUGAUAUCCGCGGGAGGCCCCUCGCUGUUCAAAUCGGGCAAGGGAUGUGGCGCUUGUUAUCAGGUGAAAUGCACCGAGAACGCAGCGUGUUCCGGCGAUCCAGUUACCGUGGUGAUCACAGACGAGUGCCCCGGCGGUCCAUGUCUCGAGAAGUCUGCCCAUUUCGACAUGAGCGGGACUGCGUUCGGGGCCAUGGCGUCCUCUGAUCGAGCUGACGAGCUUCGCAAUGCUGGUGUGAUGACAGUGCAGUACGCAAGAGUCCAGUGCAGCUACCCAGGCUUCGACUUGGCCUUCCGUGUCGAUGCUGGCUCAAACCCUUACUACUUCGCCGUCGUCAUAGAGUUCGAGGAAGGUGAUGGAGAUCUCGCUGCUGUGGAACUCAUGCAGGCAUCAUCAUCAACGGAUUCAUCGCAAUGGCUUUCCAUGCAGCAGUCAUGGGGUGCAGUGUGGAAAUUGAACUCAGCUUGGCAGCUGCAGGCCCCCUUUUCCAUCCGAUUGACGACGCUUUUAUCCAACCGGACGAUUGUGGCAGACGAUGUGAUCCCAUCAACUUGGCUGCCAGGGGAAACAUAUCGAUCUACCACACACUGACACCAGUAUCUAUCUUCGUUAGGAGUACGAUAUGUAACUAUCAUGGCUUAAUUCAUGACAAUAAAGACAGAUUUUAGCCAAUCCUUCCAUUGUUCUGCUCAACUCCAUUUCUUCCGAUCACUCCAAGAAUAAUUCUAGCUCGAACUUGUCAAACACGUUAUCCUCUCAAGUCUUGUGGACUUGUUUUGCCUGUUGAACGAGGCAAGUCAACUCUUCCAGAGGAGGUGGUGGUGAGACAUGGAAUGGAUGCUCUAAAGAAGCAAACCGCCACUACAAAUAAUACCUAUGAUAGAACACAACACAUUUCCUACAUUUUCAUCACUGCAACUACUGUCUUCCUCACUUGGAAUUUCUUCCUGCAUCAGCCAACUAUUAUU